CCCGGCUAGGAGGAGGUGCGCGAUCCCGGCCUGCGGAGGUACCGCCAGCUGGCGUCUGCUGCCGCGAUGCCAUUGCCACACGUGGGGAUGGCCCUCCGGCGCCUGGCCUGGGCCAUGGCCUCCCGCCGGCUGGCCCCCUGGACAUGUAGAGCGAGUGGCCUCCUGCACACGGCCCCAGCCGCAUGCUCGGACUGCAGUGCCCCGGUCUUCAGCCGCGCCCCAGCCUUCGGGGACAGGCUCGCUCUCGUCGACCAGCACGGCCACCACACGUACAAGGACCUCUAUUCACACAGCCUCCGCCUGUCCCGGGAGAUCUGCCAGCUCCGCGCUCGUGCUGAUGGGGACCUCCGGGAGGAGCGGGUCUCUCUCCUGUGCUCCAACGAUGUCUCCUUCGUGGUGGCGCAGUGGGCCGCGUGGAUGAGCGGCGGCGUGGCCGUCCCCCUCUACAAGAAGCACCCCCGGGCCCAGCUGGAGUACUUCAUCCAGGACUCGCGCAGCUCCGUGGUCCUUGCCAGCCUGGAGCAUGUGGAGCUCCUAAGCCCAGUGGCCCAGAAGCUCGGAGUUCCGCUCCUGCCUCUCCCGCCCACAGUCUACCAUGGGGUGGCCGAGGACCCUGAAGAGGGCCUGGUGCCAGAGCGGGACUGGAGAGACCGGGGUGCCAUGAUCAUCUACACCAGUGGGACCACGGGGAGGCCCAAGGGCGUCCUGAGCACCCACGACAACAUCAGGGCCGUGGUGACGGGGCUGGUCCACAAGUGGGCCUGGACAAAGGAUGACGUGAUCCUCCACGUCCUCCCGCUGCACCACGCCCAUGGCGUGGUCAACAAGCUGCUGUGCCCACUCUGGGUAGGGGCCACCUGUGUGAUGCUGCCCGAGUUCAGUGCUCAGUUGGUUUGGGAGAAGUUCUUAAGUUCUGAAGCUCCCCGGAUUAAUGUAUUUAUGGCAGUGCCUACCAUCUACAGCAAGUUGAUGGAUUAUUAUAACAAGCAUUUUACCCAGCCUCAUGUCCAGGAUUUCGUGCGUGCAGUUUGUGAAGAAAAAAUCAGGUUGAUGGUCUCGGGCUCUGCUGCACUGCCCCUUCCAGUGCUGGAGAAAUGGAAGGGCAUCACCGGCCACACUCUGCUGGAGAGGUACGGGAUGACGGAGAUUGGCAUGGCCCUGUCCAACCCCCUGACCGCAGCUCGCCUGCCAGGCUCUGUGGGGACCCCGCUGCCCGGCGUCGAGGUGCGCAUUGUGUCAGAAAACCCACAGAAGGACGGCUCCCCCUACAUUAUCCAUGCAGAGGGAAAUGAGGAGGACACCAAGGUGACCCCAGGGUUCGAGGAGAAGGAGGGUGAACUCCUGGUCAGGGGGCCCUCUGUGUUCCGAGAAUACUGGGACAAGCCGGAGGAAACGAAAGCCGCCUUCACUUCAGACGGCUGGUUCAAAACAGGUGACACAGCAGUGUUCAAGGACGGCAGCUACUGGAUCCGUGGCCGCACCUCGGUGGAUAUCAUCAAGAGCGGCGGCUACAAGGUCAGCGCCCUGGAGGUGGAGCGGCUCCUGUUGGCCCACCCCAGCAUCACCGACGUGGCUGUGAUUGGAGUUCCAGACAUGACAUGGGGCCAGCGGGUUACCGCAGUGGUGACCCUUCAAGAGGGCCACUCGCUGUCCCACCGGGAGCUCAAGGAGUGGGCCAGAGGCGUCCUGGCCCCGUACGCUGUGCCCUCGGAGCUGCUGCUGGUGGAGGAGAUUCCGCGGAACCAGAUGGGGAAGGUCAACAAGCGAGACCUCGUCCGGCAGCUUUACCCGCAUGAGAAGGGCACCCCCGAGGCCGGGAACCAGUGAGCCAGCCUCCCACGUGGCCAGAAUGAAACCGCCGUAAACCCUGCAGUGGCAUUGUGGCUGCAGCCAGACCCCACAGUUCAAUAUGCUCUGCACCCCUAACCCGCAGGUCCCUGUAUGUCCAGAGGUAUCUCGGGGAAGCUGGUCUCCCUGGAAACUCAUUAAAGGCCUCGCAGAGAAGCCAGUGCCUGUCUGGCAGUCCUGCCUGGGUCUGUGUGGCCCCUGCCCUCGCAUGGGGAGGGUGUGGUCCGCACGUGUGUGCACACUGCGGGGCAGGGUGGACGGCGGCCCUGGGAGGGUGUUUCCUGCAAGAGUGGGUGGCUGUGGAGUGUCCAGCGCCUGUGGCCCUGGCCGAGGCUCACUAGGCCUUCAGGGCCAGGGCCGUGGCUCAGGCGACCAGAGGGCAGGGAGUGCCUGACUCUUGGCCCCAGAGUGGCCACCUAGACCAGGUCGGGCUGGGGGCUAGUAUCUGGGGCUCUGGGGCCACUUGUUCCGAGUCGUGGCUGCAGCCUGGAUCCCACCAUCCUCAGGGUCCAGAGUGCUCAGUCGCCAGAGGUUGGCCACGAAUGGCCCCACUACUGCACCCCUGACCCUUGACCCUUCCUUCCCCUGUACUGUUCCUCUGCAACACCCUCAGCCCACUCCAGUCUUUGUCUGGAUGUCUCCCUCCUUCCCAGACACCCACUGGCCCCUGCUGCCUGGCCCCAGGCCCCCCUGCCCUCCCGAGCCAAAGGCAGAGGUGCCCUGGGAGACCCAAGGGUCAUGGGGAGGCUGAGCGGGAACGAGGACCGAGCCGAGGCCCAGAUGGGGAGCAUGUGGGGCCAAGGCCCCUGCCCCACCCUGAGUGUGCGGCCCGAGACUGCCCGAGGCCAGCCCCGGGCACAUCCACCUCAGCACCCU